CUUCCUGCACAGGGGGAGAGAGUCAGACAUCCUUCAUCUUGUGGUUGUGCUCAUUUCUACAACCUUGGGGUCCAUAAGAACAUGUCGCUUGUGAAUGGAAAGUCUACUCAGCUCAAACGCUUCACUCGCCAUCAAGGUCAACUUCAUAUUCACCAAGAGCAAGAGAAAAGAUGUUUUGUUGAUUUCAAUAUAUCUGACUUCUUCACUGUGCUUUGCCCUCAGGGAUCCAUCACAACCAAAAUGAAUCCCAAGGAAGAAAAAGUAAAGAUAAUUACAGAGGAGUUCCUUGAAAAUGAGGAGAAUGCUCAUGUGGGAAGACAGAAGAAGAGCUCAAAGGAUAAAAGACAAAAAAGAAAAAAACAGUCACCAACUGCUGAUCCUGAAGAGAUGGUGUCUCAAAAACCCUAUGAUGAAAACCAGCAGGAAUCCACACGGGAAGAGCCUGAGACGCGCCUCCUGAGCAUGACAACCCGGCGAGGCCCACGAAGCUUACCUCCAAUUCCUGCAGCUUCCAGAACAAGCUUUGCAGAAUUUUCCAUGAGGGAACGCAUGAGGGAGAAAUUACAAGCUGCAAGGUCCAAAGCAGAAAGUGCUUUACUGCAGGAAAUUCCCACCCCACGACCUAGGCGCUUACAAAGUCCCCGUGAGAAAGAAUCGGAGACUGAAUUUGGCAUGGAGCCAGGUAAAGAGGUGUUAAGGGCUCAACAAGAAGAUAACUCUCAAAGUCAUUCAAGAGUCAACUUAUAUCAUCUGAAAUUGCUAUUGCUCUCUUCUUCUUAGGUUCCACCUGGCUUCCCUUCUGCAGAAGAGGCCUAUAACUUCUUUACUUUCAACUUUGACCCUGAACCAGAGGAACCAGAGGAAAAACCAAACGCAAAAAAUAGAGACGAAGCUAAUCAAGAGGAGGAGGAAGGGGAGGAAGAAGAACCACCUGUGCAAGAAGGAGUAAACAAAACGGACGAAGAGGAACCGCUCAAUGAUAAAGACGACGAGGACUUCCUGUUGGGCUUAGAUCAUACGGCUGAAGAUUUUGUGGCAGUCAGACCUGCAGAUUAUGAAAGCGUCCAGGUUCGGAUGCAGAUGGAAAAAGAAAUCCUGUUCAUACCCAGUAGUCUGACAGACUCGUAUUAUAUCUGUAGGCAAACAAGAAAACUACGUGACGCGGAACAAGAAAAAGAUAGAACAUUGCUUAAGACCAUCAUAAAAGUUUGGAAAGAGAUGAAAUCCCUUCGAGAGUUUCAGAGGUUUACAAAUACACCAUUGAAACUUGUCUUGAGAAGGGAAAAGGUUGACCAGAAAGCAGAUGAAGAAGCAUAUGAAGCAGAAAUCCAAGCUGAAAUAAGUGAAUUGUUAGAAGAGCACAUGGAAGACUAUAAACAGAAGAGGGAAGAGUACAGAACUGCACAUCAGCAGUGGAAAGCCUGGAAGAAAGCCCAGAGGGCCAAGAAGAAAAAAAAGAAACAAGCAGUAGAAGAACAUCCCGAUGAGGAGACCGAGGAGCCAUGUCCUGGGGAGCUGUGUCCCGGGGAGGAUCCUGUGAAACCCGUCCCUCCAGAGCUCACUGAUCGGGCAGUGAUAGAGCAGCAGGUGAGGGAGAGAGCAGCCCAGAGCAGGAGGAAGCCUGGGGAGCCCAUGCUGGUCCCGGAGCUGAGCCUGGCGGGGACCAUGACGCCCAACGACCAGUGUCCCAGGGUGGAGGUCUUGAGACGAGAGGAUGUAAAGAGGCGCUCGGUGCACUUGAAGGUGCUCUUCAACAACAAGGAGGUGUCCAGGACAGUCAGUCGGCCACUAGGGGCAGACUUCCGAGUUCACUUUGGACAGAUUUUCAAUUUGCAAAUAUUCAACUGGCCGGAGAGUUUAACGCUUCAGGUAUACGAAACAGUUGGACACAGUGGUACCACCUUGCUAGCAGAAGUGUUUCUGCCUAUCCCUGAAACUACAGUUGUCAGUGGAAGGGCUCCCAUUGAAGAAGUUGAGUUUAGCAGUAAUCAGCAUGUGACACUGGACCACGAGGGAGUCGGAAGUGGAGUGCCCUUCUCAUUUGAAGCUGACGGUGGUAAUCAACUGAUUCUAAUGACUUCGGGGAAGGUGUCCAACAGCGUGGCAUGGGCUAUUGGAGAAAAUGGCGUACCUCUAGUUCCUCCAUUGUCACAGCAGAACACUGGAUUUCGGAGUGCUUUGAAGAGAGCAGAUGCUAUCUCAUCUAUUGGCACAUCAGGACUGACAGACAUGAAAAAGUUGGCCAAGUGGGCAGCCGAGUCCAAGCUCGACCCGAAUGACCCCAACAACGCCCCUUUGAUGCAGUUGAUCUCGGUUGCUAUCAGUGGUGAAUCCUAUGUCCCUGAUUUCUUUCGACUGGAACAGCUGCAACAAGAAUUUAACUUUGUUCCAGAUGAGGAAUUAAAUAAAUCCAAACGAUUUAGACUUCUUCAUCUUAGAAGUCAAGAGGUGCCAGAAUUCCGAAAUUAUAAGCAAAUUCCAGUAUAUGACCGAGAAAUUAUGGAAAAAGUAUUCCAGGACUAUGAGAAACGGUUACGAGACAGAAAUGUAAUUGAAACCAAGGACCACAUAGACACCCACAGAGCUGUAGUAGCCAAAUACCUCCAGCAGGUUAGAGAAUCUGUGGUACAUCGUUUCCAAGUUGCAAAACACCACUUUCUUCUUUCUGAUUUGGUAGUAGAAGAAGAAGUUCCCAAUAUCAGCAUUUUGGGCCUAAGCCUUUUCAAGCUGGCAGAACAAAAGCGACCACUGAGGCCGAGGAGAAAAGGACGGAAGAAGGUGACAGCCCAAAACCUGUCUGAUGGAGACAUAAAGCUGCUGGUGAACAUCAUCCGGGCCUAUGACAUCCCCGUGAGGAAGCCAACAGCAAGCAAAUUCCAGCAGCCAUCGAGGUCUUCAAGGACGUUCAGGGAAAAGCAUGCUGCCUCCCCAACUACCCACAGCCCCACCCACAGUGCGGACUACCCUUUUGGGCAGGUUUUAGUGCGUCCUUUUGUAGAAGUUUCUUUUCAACGAACUAUUUGCCACACAACUACGGCUGAAGGACCAAACCCCAGCUGGAAUGAAGAACUUGAACUUCCAUUUAGAGCCCCUAAUGGAGAUUAUAGCACGGCCAGUUUGCAGUCAGUGAAAGAUGAUGUGUUCAUUAACAUUUUUGAUGAGGUGCUAUAUGAUGUCUUAGAGGAUGACCGUGAAAGAGGGAGCGGAAUCCACACCCGUAUUGAGAGACACUGGUUGGGAUGUGUGAAAAUUCCAUUUAGCACGAUAUAUUUCCAAGCACGGAUUGAUGGAACGUUUAAAAUAGAUAUUCCCCCUGUUCUUCUGGGCUACAGUAAGGAAAGGAACAUGAUUAUCGAGCGGGGUUUUGAUCCAGUCCGAAGCCUAAGUGAAGGCUCCUACAUCACCCUGUUCAUUACCACUGAGCCUCAGCUGGUUCCUGGAGAGUCAGUUCGAGAAAAGUUUGAUUCUCAGGAAGAUGAUAAAUUGCUUCAAGCAACGGAGAAGUUGCAAGCUGAAUGUGCCUUAAAGUUUCCAAAUCGUCAGUGCCUUACAACAGUAAUUGACAUAAGUGGGAAAACCGUUUUUAUUACACGUUAUCUCAAGCCUUUAAACCCACCUCAGGAACUCCUUAACAUCUACCCCAGUAAUCCCCAGGCAACUGCGGAACUGGUGGCUCGAUACGUGUCUUUGAUUCCUUUCUUGCCUGACACUAUUUCAUUUGCUGGUAUCUGUGACCUGUGGAGCACAUCUGAUCAAUUUCUUGAUCUCCUGGCAGGGGAUGAAGAAGAGCAUGCAGUACUACUAUGUAACUAUUUUCUGUUCCUGGGUAAAAAGGCCUGGCUCGUGAUGGGUAAUGCUAUUCCUGAGGGUCCCACUGCUUAUGUGUUAACAUGGGAGCAAAGUCAUUAUUUAAUAUGGAAUCCCUGCAGUGGACAUUUUUAUGGACAAUUUGAUACAUUCUGUCCCUUAAAAAGUGCGGGCUGUUUAAUAGGACCUGAUAAUAUUUGGUUUAAUAUUCAACGAUAUGAUUCCCCUCUAAGGAUAAAUUUUGAUGUCACCAAGCCCAAGCUAUGGAAAUCUUUCUUUUCAAGAAGCCUUCCAUACCCUGGCCUUUCCAGUGUUCAGCCGGAAGAGCUAAUUUACCAGUGCACAGACAAAGCAGCUGCAGCUGAGCUCCAAGACAGGAUUGAAAAAAUACUAAAAGAGAAAAUCAUGGACUGGAGGCCACGCCAUCUGACUCGGUGGAACAGGUACUGCACCUCCACUCUGCGUCACUUCUUGCCUCUGUUAGAAAGAAGCCAAGGAGAAGAUGUAGAUGACCACAGAGCGGAACUGCUGAAGCAGCUAGGAGACUACAGGUUCUCUGGAUUUCCCCUUCAUAUGCCCUAUUCUGAAGUGAAGCCUUUAAUUGAAGCUGUAUAUAGUACUGGAGUACAUAAUAUUGAUGUUCCUAAUGUUGAAUUUGCUUUAGCUGUAUAUAUCCACCCGUAUCCCAAAAAUGUUUUGUCUGUUUGGAUCUACGUUGCCUCCCUUAUACGCAACAGGUGAUUUUUUCAUUGAACUUUUUGUUAUCAUGUAAAAACUAUAAUCAAAAUAUGAGAAUAUUUUUAGAUUAUAUAGAUUACACCAGAAGGAAGAAAAUAUUUGGAAAUGAUGAAAUAAAUUUAUCAUACUUUCAUACUAUGCUUUAUUUAGUAGUUUGCCUUGUCUGUCAUUUUGAUGCUAAAUUCAGUGUAAGUCUACCCACAGUUCCUCCUUAUGCUACACAACUUCACAUCUCUAUGCCUUUGUACUUGCACAAUCUCUGCUUCAAAUGUCCUUCUCCUUCUUCGCUUGUUCAGCAGAGUAUCGAUCACACUUUUAAGACCCAGCAAAGCACCACUUCUCAACUUUUCGGUGGGGAGGGGGAACAGCUUUGCAGUAUCAAAUUUUAAUUUUUAACCCUAGACUACCUCUUAAGACUUCAUCCUAUGGAAAUACUGAGCAGCACACAUGUACAUGCAUGUGCACAUACUCAACACACACUCACUGAAGCAAUAUAGUAUUUAAAAAGGGAUAUAUUUAAAUAUCCAUCAAAAAUGAAGUAGCUAAAAAAAAGACCUAACACUAUACUAAGCUAUUAAAAAGGAUUAACUAUCUGCUGACAUGGAAAAAGGUACACAAAAUUGUUGUCAUCGUUGUUAGGUGCUGUCAAGUCAGUUCUGACUCAUAGCAACCCUAUGUACAACAAAACGAAACACUGCCCAGUCCUGGGCCAUCCUCAGAAUUGUUAUGCGUGAGCCCACUGUUGGCAGCCACU